AUGGCGACGGGGGAGCGGCCGCCACGUGACCGGGGCGGGGGCCGGGAGGGGCGCCGGCGCCACGUGACCUCCGGGGACGCGCGGCCUCGGGGCCGCUCCUCCGUCACGUGGCUCGGGCCCCGCCCCCGGCGCCCCGCGGCCCGUUCCGAGCCGCCGGCGCGGGGCGCGGGGGAACGGCGGCGCCGGGCAGGCCGCGGGGCCCGGUCCGCCUCACGGCCGCGCCGACCCGGCGAUCCGUCCCCGGGGGUGGCGGGACCGCAGCGCGGUGGUGCUGCGGCGGCCUUUGGCCUCCCGCGCUUCCUUCCUGCCCGGCGGACGUGUGACGGUGGCCGGGCCGGAGCUGCGGCGAGGGAAGGGAUGAAAGGGGCGGCGGCACCGCCGAUUUGCGCUCCCCGGUGCCGCGGGGGGUGGCGGGGAGACGGCAGAGCUGAGCUGGCGGCACCGCGACCGGGGGCACCGGGCUUGGCCCCGCUGCUUGGCCCGGUGCGGGCGGUAGACAAAGAGGUGCCGUGGCAGCGCCUUCCCUGGCUGCUGCCGGGCAGACCCCGGGUGUCCUCGGGCCCGUCUCGGGGCAGGGUGACAUCCCUCCCGGAGCGUGAGGGACGCGCAUCGGGGGAUGGCCGGGCUGGUUGCUCAGGAGCGUGUCCCUCACGACGUGCCCGGGACGAGCGGCACUGCUGCCGCUUCUCCAUCCUGCUGACAGAUCCUUGCCACGCCGCGGGGCGCUGCUCUGCCCGCUCCCGGAGCUGGCAGCGUCCCUGUGCCGCUGCGGGUCAGACUGGGCCAUUGGCACAAUAUUCCAUGAUUCUGCUGUUGCCUGCGGGGAGCGGAAGCCCAGCAGCAGAAAGGCCUGCAUUGAUCUGUCAGAGCUUGCCUGCCAGCCCAUACCCACCCUGGCCAAGUCAGGAUUACUAAAACGUGCAAACGUUUCCUUUAUUUCUGCUCAGAACUCGACACAACCAUAUGGGAAGAGACUGAAGUGCUGGUAACAGAGAGUGUUCAGAACA